UGAAAAUGUACACAAUUUGGGGUAGAGACAAUUAUUGGAGAUGGCAGCUUGGAGUGUUACAAUUCUUGUGCUUUUAGCUUGUUUAUGGUUUCCAGCAUCGGUACAGUGCAUGGUUCGGCACUACAAGUUCAAUGUGGUAGUGAAAAAUACAACAAGGCUGUGCUCAACCAAGCCGAUUGUCACCGUCAACAGACGCUACCCUGGCCCUACUAUAGUUGCUAGAGAGGAUGACACCAUCCUUGUCAAAGUGGUUAACCAUGUCAAAUACAAUCUCUCCAUCCACUGGCAUGGGAUUAGACAACUACGUACAGGUUGGGCAGACGGGCCGGCUUAUAUAACCCAGUGCCCGAUUCAACCGGGGCAGAGCUAUGUUUACAACUUCACUGUCACGGGCCAAAGAGGCACCCUUUUUUGGCACGCACAUAUUCUAUGGCUGAGAGCCACUGUCCAUGGUGCUAUUGUUAUCUUGCCCAAGCGUGGUGUUCCUUACCCCUUCCCUAAACCCCACAAGGAAGAGAUUGUUAUCUUAGGUGAAUGGUGGAAAUCAGAUGUUGAAGCCGUAAUAAAUGAAGCUUUAAAAUCUGGUUUAGCCCCGAAUGUCUCUGAUGCUCACACCAUCAAUGGCCACCCUGGAUCUACCCCAAGCUGCCCUUCAAAGGGGGGAUAUACAUUGGCAGUUAAACCAGGGAAGACAUACAUGCUUCGUAUCAUCAACGCUGCACUGAAUGAAGAACUGUUUUUUAUGAUUGCCGGCCAUCAACUCACUGUCGUCGAAGUUGAUGCCACAUACGUGAAACCUUUUAAAACAGACACCAUCGUUAUAUCCCCAGGGCAGACCACAAAUGUCCUCGUAACAACCCAUCGUCGUGCCGGAAAGUACUUGGUCGCCGCCUCGCCUUUCAUGGACGCACCCAUCGCAGUCGACAACCUGACCGCCACUGCUACCUUACAUUACGCCGGUUCUCUUACAAGUUCCGCCACUACUCUCGUGUCACCCCCUCCUAAAAACGCUACCUCAGUGGCAGCAAACUUUACAAAUGCACUUCGAAGCCUGAAUUCUGAAAAAUACCCCGCCAAGGUACCUUUGAAGAUCGAUCAUUCCCUUCUCUUCACCAUUGGUCUUGGCAUUAACCCUUGUUCUACAUGUGUCAAUGGGAGCCGAGUUGUGGCUUCUGUUAACAAUAUUACAUUUGUUAUGCCGAAAACCGCUCUACUUCAAGCCCAUUUCUUCAACAUCAAUGGGGUUUUCGCUACUAAUUUCCCUGGGAGACCUCCAGUACCAUUUAACUACACAAGCAUACAACUAACAAACUUGGGGACCAAACAAGCAACUAAAUUAUACAGAUUGGGCUAUAAUGACACAGUGCAGCUGGUCUUGCAAGAUACAGGGAUGAUUACCCCAGAGAAUCACCCUAUUCAUUUGCAUGGUUUCAAUUUCUUUGAGGUUGGAAGAGGAGUGGGAAAUUUUGACCCCAAAAAGGAUCCUAAAAACUUCAAUCUUGUUGAUCCUGUUGAGAGGAACACAAUUGGAGUACCAUCUGGUGGAUGGACUGCUAUAAGAUUCAGGGCAGAUAAUCCAGGGGUUUGGUUCAUGCAUUGCCAUUUGGAAGUGCAUACGACUUGGGGGCUUAAAAUGGCAUUUGUUGUGGAUAAUGGCAAAGGCCCAAAUGAAUCUCUUUUACCACCUCCCAGUGACCUCCCCAAGUGCUAGAAAAAAAAUUGCUGGAAAGAAACAAUGAAAAGAAAGAAACGGAAAUUUUAGAGAGCGGCUGAAAGCUAAUACGAAGAGUUCUUUUUUAGCAAACCAAGGAAAGGUUGCUCCAAAUUGAAUAAAUAUAUAUAUAUUUUUUGGGGGGGGGGGUAGGUUAAUUUCGUUUCCAUAAAUUUAGCCUAGAAGUUCGACCUAUUCAGUUGUGCAAGUGCUGAUAAUUUACAGGUUCCAAUGUUUACUAUAUCGACAAAUCCUCUGUCAAAUGAAGAUCAAUUAUUACCAUUU